CCACGAUCCACGAUGUAUAUCCACGGUCCACGCCGUGGCCACGAUCCGACGUUCCCGGUUUCACUCGUGCCACGAUUCUGGAAGGCACUCGGAAGCAUGCGUUGAAGGCUCCGAUCUUCUCAUAAAAUCAACGGCCCAGCAAAUCAAAUCCACAACCACAAGCAAGAAGACAGGAAAUCACCAGCAGCUCUUUAGAAACAAGCAAACAAGGAAACAAGUCACCAUGGGCAACAAAGUAUCUCUCGAAGAAGAAAUGAUCAAUCUGCGUAUUGUAUCGAAGCAAAUGCAACGGUCUGCCAAGAAGUGCGAAAAGAAUGAAAAACAAGCUCUGGAAAAAUUGAAAAAGGCCAUCAAACAAGGCAAUUCGGAAGGAGCUCGUAUUUACGGUCAAGAUGCGAUUCGCGAGAAGAAUCAAGCGUUGAAUCAUUUGCGCAUGGCGUCGCGUAUAGACGCUUGUUCGUCGCGAAUCGAAACGGCCGUUCGAAUGAACCAAGUGGCGGACGGCAUGAAGGGCGUCGUGAGGGGCAUGGACAAGGGAUUGCAAUCCAUGAAUGUUGAUGAAAUAUCCAAAAUUAUGGACAAAUUCGAACAACAAUUCGAAGAUUUGGAUGUCAAGACGCAGUACAUGGAAGGCACCAUGAAUGCCACCACCGCAUCGACUACACCGGCCGAGCAAGUUGAUAGUCUCAUUUCACAAGUCGCCGAUGCCAAUAAUCUGGAGUUGGGGGAUGCUUUUGCACAGGCUGGACCGGUUGGAAAGAAGGUACCACAGCAGGGCGAAGCCGCCCAGCCGGUUGCUGCCGACGAUUUGGAAGCUCGUCUCGCAAAUUUGAGAUCAUAAAAAACUAAGAAUGCAACAAUUCACAUGGUCACAACUCGCAUCCCAAAUGGAGUGGAUUUCUUGGACGAUUCAAUUCGAAAUCACAUUACACGGCAAUCAUAAAGUAAACGCAUUCGUCGAAGUGUAUGAUCAUUGUAAUUUUAGUUGAGAAAAAGAGUGGGUGGCUCGGAUUUCCCCCUACACCACGACGAUCCUGGAUUCGAUUCUCGUCAUAUGACAACCUGCACCCAAAAAGGCCGCGGUUUCUUCGUGCCACGACAACGAUACAUCGCCC